UAAUCAGAGGGAGAGAGAGAGAGAGAGAGAGAACAUGUACAACUGUUAGUUCAAGCUGCCCGUGGAAAACGGAAAUGUUCGGUGUUCAGAGUGGCUUGCAUAUUUCACUCUGACAUCUCACUAUCAUGUUUUUCAAUAUGAUAGUGGUUAGGCAAUGCAGAUAAUUAUUUUUCUUUUUUCUCUUGCUUUUUUCAUUUUUCUUUUGGCUUUCUUUUAUUUUGUUUUCUUUUUACUCUUUCCUUCCAACCACUUUCCCUCCUUUCUUUCUCUUGUGUCUUUCUUUCUUCUUUUUUUGGUGGGGAUUUGUAGUGAAGAGAGAUUGGAUUUAGUUUUUUUCAGAACAAAGAGCUUAAAUUGAUGCACAGAUCAGUAGCAUCUGUGUUGGAGUGGCUCUCACAUGAAUUAUUUGGAUAUCUCUGGAGAAAACAGAAAGAAGUUGAAACGGCAUGAAUGAAUUAAAGCAGCUGGAUUCCCCAUGGCUUCCUCAAGAGACCCUAUUGCUCUGAUUAAAGAAUUUUAAUGGCACUGGAGAAAACAGUUUUGGGAACAAGUGCUUGUUCAACACAGUUUCAGUACAUGUCAACAUAUAUGUGAUGCCAUCUCCAACAUAUAUGACAACAGUUCUGGUGAGGACCUACAGAAUAAUUUGAUGUUUGAUAUUUCAUACCUGGGGCAUCCUUAUUCCAGAUUUGGGCUAGAGUGACCUCCAGUUCUGACUUUGUUUUCAACAUAUAACUGAGAAAGUCCCAGGAAGCUGACUCAUCCAAGUCAAUCAUCUCUGAAGAGUUUUAGGCACACUGAGUACUAGAGGAAACCUUUCUUCUAUGUGAGCCAAAAAAAGAGAAAAACAACCUGCCAAACACCAGUAAAGAGAUGACUAUCAUCAUAUGGGAAUUUGAAGAGCUUCUAUAUAGCACAUUCAUGAUCCAAAUGGGAGAGGAUCAACUGUCAUGAUGUCUCAGAAGGCCUUUUAACUGAGUAACAAGAAGGGGAAAUUAUAACAGCUUGUCAUCUGUGCUUGCACAUUAGACUUCCAUGUAGUUAAUGUAGACAAAUUCAAAGCAAACAUGCAGAUAGUUCUUUGAAAAGCCCCCAAAUCAUGUUUAGAAGCUCUGACCAAUGCAAUAAAAAGGAGGUUAUUCUAUAUUCAGUUUCUCCAGCCCAUCGAUGAUCAAUCUUUUAGAAAGAGCAGUAGUAGAUUGUAAAUUUAGAUUUUUAACCACCAUUUAGCAAAGGCAGCUUCUCUAGAAACAAACAUGACUGCUAAUGACACAUGUGCUGAGAUCAGUAGAGACAAUACAGACUUCCGAUACUUCAUCUAUGCUGUGACAUACACUGUUAUUCUUGUGCCAGGUCUCAUAGGGAACAUAUUAGCCUUGUGGGUAUUUUAUGGCUAUAUGAAAGAAACCAAACGGGCUGUGAUAUUCAUGAUAAACCUGGCCAUUGCUGACUUACUACAAGUCCUCUCCUUGCCCCUGAGGAUCUUUUACUAUUUGAAUCAUGACUGGCCAUUCGGGUUUGGCCUCUGCAUGUUUUGUUUCUACCUGAAGUAUGUCAACAUGUAUGCAAGCAUCUACUUCUUGGUCUGCAUCAGUGUGCGAAGAUUUUGGUUUCUCCUGUACCCCUUUCGCUUCCAUGACUGUAAACAAAAGUAUGACCUAUACAUCAGCAUUUCUGGCUGGUUGAUAAUCUGCCUUGCCUGUCUGCUAUUUCCUCUCCUCAGAAGCAAUGAUGACACCUCUAACCACACAACCAAAUGCUUUGUGGAUCUUCCUACCAGAAAUGUCAAUCUAGCUCAGUCUGUUGUCAUGAUGACCAUUGGCGAGUUGAUUGGGUUUAUCACUCCUCUUCUGAUUGUCCUGUUUUGCACCUGGAAGACAGUUUUAUCACUGCAAGAUAAAUAUCCUGUUGCACAAGACCUUGGAGAGAAAAAGAAAGCCUUGAAGAUGAUUCUAACCUGUGCAGGAGUUUUCCUAAUUUGCUUUGCACCUUAUCACUUCAGUUUUCCUUUAGAUUUCCUGGUCAAGUCCAAUGAAAUUAAAAGCUGCCUAGCCAGAAGGGUGAUUCUAAUAUUUCAUUCUGUUGCCUUGUGUCUUGCCAGUCUGAAUUCCUGCCUUGACCCAAUCAUAUAUUAUUUUACCACUGAUGAGUUCAGAAGACGGCUUUCAAGACAAGAUUUGCAUGAUAACAUAAAACUCCAUGAAAAAUCACUUGUGAGCAACAAUACCACAUCUAUCUUGUCAACUGAAUUAUAUUAAAUUAAAAAAAUAUGGAUGUGGACUGAAGUAUAUUAGAACAUAUUUGCAAUACUCCAAGCUACUGGGAAGUAAUCACAGCAAGCACUCGAAGCUUUUCAGUUAUGCUCUAUCUUACCUAUAUAAAGAUUUCACGUCAUCAUAACACAAUCUAUUUAGAGCAUUAUAUUCCACUAUCAUUGAUGUUGAGGUGUCCAUGUAGUAAUCUGUCAUCAAGUCUUUAAGAUUUAAGCUCUAAAAUUUCAGUGACAUACUAUAUGCACAUGCUUUCAGCAGAAGUCAGUUUUAUCUGUGAACCUAAGACACAGAGAGACUAUUAGCUUGAACUUAUUAUAAGCACUUGGUUUUGUUACAAUGGACACUGGAUUUCUUUAUAUUUAGAAAUAAUGUAGUUGUCUAUUUAUACUAGUAAUCACAGUUUAUAUCCCAAUAUCAUAUUUUAGUUGUCUUUAAUUAAGUAAGAUAGACAAUAUACUAUUUUGUGAAACAGUGUUAUAAGCACAGACCUUUUUUAUCUCCUAUAUGUGAUUAUACUCCUGAGUUUGAAGACUCAAAUAGCUAUUUCCUACAUUUAAGUAUCAGUAUGAAAAAUCAUCUAUCACAUCUAUUAACAGAAUGAAAAUCUGAACUCAGGCCUCUGAUAUAUUUAAAAUAAAAACAAGAAACUAAUUCACAUACUCUCUAUGACUGUAUAUUGACAUAUUUAAUCUAUCCAGGACAGGUAGCUUGUCAAAAUUCAUAUAAUGUGACCCACAUUGUCAUUAAUGGUCCAGGAAAAAGCAGAUACAUGAUAAUCACAGUUCUGAUUCUCUUAAACUAUUUCCAGACAGCACCUAUAUAUAUCUUUCAAAUAAAGAAAGUGUCUACCAUGCUUCUAGAGUGACAUUGAGGUACCUGAGAGGUUACUGCACUUUCUGAGCCUAUACAAGAAGCAAUGCACUAAGUUUAAGCCAGAGCAAAAAGAUACAAGUUAUUUUUUACUUUUAAGUGGCAACUAUCAGGCUACAUUCACAAGCCAGAGUAAGGUCUGGAGGCAGACAGGCAUGUAGACUCUAGAGUCCUCAGUAAUUUUUUUAGUCCAGCUUUGCUCCAGUCAUACUAUUUUAAGGCCAGUGCAGCCUCUUCCAAGGCAGCUGGGAAAGUCAAUUUUUGCCCUGUUGAGAAAAGUGCAAAAGAUUAAUUUUAGUGACAUUGGGCACCUAUUAAAACGCCUUGCCUACUAAUACCUGUUUAGAACUAGUAUGCAAGAAACAGACCCAGAAUAUGAGUAGCGAUUAAACCUGGGGUCUUAAAUAUUAGAAUACUCUGAAAAAUAUUUUGGCAAACAGCUCUAACUUUUAAAACAUGCUUUAAUUAAAAUCUGUGCAGUAUAUAACACACAGAUAAUUUUGGCCUGGAAGGAACGUGAAAAUCAAAGAAGAGCUCCAUCAUAUUUACAGGAAAGGAGUUAUUUUAGACACACAGUUAUGAUAUUGAUAUGUUUGGGGUGAUUAGUGAAAUAAAAGAGAAUUCUAAUAUCUUAGAUGAACGGAAAAUUUUCUAAUGUUUUCUCUAGACAAGUGUUGAUUUGCUUGUACUUAGUUAUUAAAAUAUUAUCCUGUUAGAAGACUGACUUUGUACUGCUAGCAAUAGUGUAUGUAUCUAUCUCCUAACUGUUCAUUGUAAGGUACAUAUUUUGAUGUGCUAAAUGAGCUCUGAAAGAAUGUUAAAUUGUGUUUUAAAAUGAGUAACUGUAACUAUGUCUAGUCUAUUUGCUUUAAAGUGAUUUGGUUUGACCAUAAUUUAGUGUUGUGAUGGGAUCAGAAGUAAUAAUUUUGUGGGUACUUGUAAUGAGAAACUUGUCUAUAUAUGUUUACUAGUUUCUAUAUUAUUAUGAACUACACUUUUAGGGUCAUUUGGGGGAGACCUCUGAUUUAAUUUCAUUAAUGUAUUAAUUUCACUUUAAGCAUACCUGUUAUCUUAAAGAGGAAAAAGUUUUCCAGGAUAUUACUGAAGUUCUUAGAGGAAAUGUUGAGGUUAGAGCCCAUUUAUUAAGCAGUCCAGGAGUCCUUGAAAAUUAUUUAUAUCAUUUGAGAAAAGUACAGAGAGAACAAGUGUCCAGUAUUCUUAUGCUGCUUAGCUAAGAACCACCCCUUCUCUUUAGGUUUGCCCAUCUAAGUUUGUAUUCGAUGUUGUGAUUUACUUUAUUAACCCCCUUUCCCCAUGAAUAUGCUUUGCCUUCUAUUCCCGUGUUCUAGUCAGUAACUGAUCAGUCUAUUCACACUAAGGUACUAAGGACUAAUGUUAGAUUAAUAUUAAUUUGCCUAGGAAUAUCUGAAUUCUAGGCCUUAGGGAUGAAUUUUAUCUCAAAGUGUAAAUAUUUUGUUUCAAUGAAGUGAUCAAAAACACCAAAACAGACUAGAAAGAACAAUAUUUUGAAGAAAGUGGGUCUUAACAACAGUGCCUUUCAGAUUACAUAUGGUAAGUAAACACCUACUUUGCUUACCAUGAUGGGGUAUUUAUUAUACUAAUACCUGGCCUAUACUAAGUUUAGGCCAGAGCAAACAGAUACAAGUUAUCUUUUACUUUUAAGUGGCAACUAUCAGGCUACAUUCACAAGCCAGAGUAAGGUUUAGAGGCAACCAGGCAUGUAGACUCUAGAGUCCUCAGUAAUUUUUCUGGUCCAGCUUUGCUCCAGGCAUACUAUUCUAAGGCCAGUAUAGCCUCCCCCAAGGCAGCUGGGACUGAUUGGAGUGAUUUCCAUGUUAUUAUUAUUCUCAUUAUUGCUAUUAUUAUUAUAUCCAAAUGAUGUAUACAUUUUCAUUGUCACUUGGUUAAGCAACCAAUUCUAUUAACCUGCAAUUCCAUGAAAAGGAGCCAUCUGCCCUAUGGACAACAGAACAAACUAUGUUGGUCUGAAAGGAUGCAUAAGUAGAACUCUUGUGCAACUUCAUUUUUAUGUCAUCUUUUUGUUUUUAUUCCCAAUACACUGUGAAAAUGUUCCUUUGUAAUGUAUUUAUAUUUAUAAUUUAUAAUACACAUUUUCAUAAUAAAGAUGAUCUUUGUAUUUGCAUAAAAAAUUCUGUCUCCAGAAUUCCAUGUAUAUAUAGCCAGUUUUUCAGCAAACUGAUGUAAUUGAGAAUCUCUGUCAGUGUUCUCACCUACAUGGAUAUUAAGUUCUCUGAGGCUCUACUCUCCCUUUCUCUCUGGAGUGUUGCAUGCUAUUAUCAAAUGGAAAGAAAAACCACUUCCCCAACCUACCUUACACGUGCCCUCCACUUUUCCCAUAAACAGAAUCGUUACUAUCCACGCUCUGCUAAGAUUAUUCCCCAUUCUCACUUGUUGACCAAGUUAUUCUAAUGACUUAAAUACUUGUACCUGUUAGAGGAUAGUCUUUUGGGAAGAAAAGGAGAUGAGGGGAAAGAAGGAAUGUUCUCUAUUUAGUGUUAAGAAUUUUUAAGACCCAAUAUUUUGAUUUUCCUUAUAGUUUAGCAGAGGAAAAGCUAUCAUUCACUGUAUCCUUCUGCUCUUACCAAAACAUAUUUCCAUAAACAUAAUGAAAUAAAACAAAAAGUGAAGUCAGGAAAAUUGUCUCUGGCUCUCCUCUCAUCCUAGUUAUCUUUCUUCCACUUUAGCAACUCUCUCAUCUCACUAUAUUCCUAGUGCUUUCAGGAGGUCCAAGUGUCUUCUGAAAUAACAAAGUUGUUACAAAUUACACAUUUUGACUGCUGCAGAAAAAAUUUCCUAGAAAGUGGUAAAGGAUUUCCUAAGA